AUGCCACGAUUAACUAUUUUGAGAUCGCUUGCGAGACAGGGACCGACACACGUCGUACGGAGCUGGGUGCAUUGCAGACGGUCUUCGCAAUUGGGACACCCGGACCGCAUUCUGGCAGCCGCAAGACAGCAUAACGACGAAGAGGUUAUCUUCCAAUACGAUGUUUGGAGGCAAGGAAGCACAUCGAUUCAGGCUGGUCGGCCUGUCGUAGGAAAGCUGGCGCACGCCGCAGUUCUCUCAGCCUGUGAACGUCUCAGCCUGUGGUCAAAAGCUGCGGCGAUUUUGCAAGAUGCGGCCUUGCGCGGAGCGCUACAGCCAGACGGUCGCCCUCUGGUGGACUUGGUCUCCUUCAACCUGGUUUUGGGGGCCUACGCUGCAGCUCAUCAAUGGGCAGCAGCUCUGGAUCUCUUCAUUGAUAUGCAACGUACGGUGACGCCAGAUGCUUCCUCUUAUGCUGCGCUGAUUGAGGGUUGCAGAAGUGCGCGCAAGUAUCACAUCGAACGAAUCGCGUCCAAGUGGUCCAAGCAAUGCUUCGAAGAGACAGUGUCGAAGAUCAAUGAACGGAAAACUUCCUCUCGCUACUGCUAUUUGUCCCUGAGAACGUUAGUCAAGCGGCAGCUUUGGUCAGAAGCUGCAGAUUUGCUGUGGCAACUUGCACGUGCUGGGCGAGCUCUCGACACGGAGCUUCUAAACAUCGCCAUCUCCGCGUACGCGCGCGGCCAGCAAGCCAGGACUGCCUUGACGCUCCUGCGGAAGGCCCAGGCCCAGGCCGCCCAGGAGGCCGGGGCCCGGCCACUGCUGCCGGCACUGCCGCUUGCGCUGCCGGCUGCGAACUUGGAGAGCUUCAAGCUGGCAGCUCUCUCAUUUCCUCCCGCAUCUGCCUUCGCAAAGUCGGGCUUGCCUGGAUGGCCGGAAGCCUUGAUCCUCCUGCAAGACAUCAAUCGCUCACGGCUGCAGCCGGACAUGCAGACCUUUACAAUCGUUGCAGGUGUGUGCUCUAGGGCUCACUCAUGGCACGCAGCUCUGAGGGUGCUGGAGGCAGCUGGACCUUCUCUGGAGUGGGAUAUCUUUGCAUACAGGGCGGUUCUCCAGGCAUUAUCGCGCCAUUCAGUUGAAUCUGACAUGAACUUUAGGACAGUCUGGCGGCAACUCCAUCAUCAGCAGCUCAGUCCCGACACUAUCACAUAUGGCGCAGCCAUCGCACUCUGUGAUCGGUCGCACAAGUGGGCCGAUGCCCUGCACUUGCUGGGCGAGAUGCAGCACCCAACAGCUGUCUGCUUAACCUCUGCUUUAUCAGCUUGUGCCAGAGGUGCUGCAUGGGAGUUGGCAGUUCAUCUGUUUUGGACGAUGCCCGAACAAUGGGGAUUCCGCCCGCAUGCAGCAAACAUGGUCAAUGCUCUGCAUGCUCUGGGCAAGGCCCUUCGCUGGCAACAGGCUUGUGCCUUGCUUUUUGAGUUGGAGUGGGCGGAUGAGCAUAUCUCCUGGCAACACUACUUCGCGGUAGCCGACAGUUGUGGUGAAGCCAGUGAAUGGCAAAAGGCUUUGCAACUCGUCUUCGAGAAGCUUCCAGGCAAGUUUGAGUUUCCUCCAAGCUACCGCUUCAGUGCAGCAAUCGGUGCGUGCAAAAGUGGCUUGGUUUUCUUGGAGUCGAGUGGCAAGAGUGCUGCUGAAGUUCGCUCCUCGUCCAUCUGGGAGACCGCUCUGGCACUGUUCUGGUCCUUCGAGGAGGCUCUGCUGCCAGAAUCCGAGGUGGCAAUUGGUGACGAUGCCACGGUCUUGAGUGCUACCAUCUCCACACUUGGCCAAGUGGCAUUGUGGGAGAAGGCUCUCAGCAUUUUUCACCAGGUUCCAACCGGCAAGAUCACUGAGGUAGACCACAUGACGAUCAUGGUCGCCCUUUGCAGCGGAGGUCAACGUGCUCUUGCUCACCAAAUGUUCAAAGACAGCGCACAGAGAGGCUUGACGACACUGGACUUGCACCACAUGCCUGUGGUGGUUGCAGAGCUGGCAGUGGAGACUGCGCUGGACGAUGUGAAAGCUGGCAUGCUCGACUCUGACGUCCUGCUCAACAUCAUCACAGGGCGUGGGGCUCGCAGCGCAGGCGAAGCCUUGGUCCGGCAAGCUGUUUUGAGGAUGCUUGAGGCAAGGUCGGAUGUGAGGCUUCAGCCCAGCCAGAAUCCGGGACUCGAUGCCUGGUUCCUGGCGUUCAAUGGCGUGCUAAGCGAGCUCGGGGCCGUGGAGGCGACCUGCCAACAGCUCCUCGCAAGACUGCAUUCGGGACCUUCCGUUCGCUGGGAGGAGCUUGUCAAUCUGGAUCCGGUCGUUCAGCUCUUGGGCUCCACGGGCUCCACGGGCUCCACGGGCUCCACCGCUCAGCAGGUUCAGGACGACCAGAGCGGGCCGGUUCGGAACUGCCAAGGCUGGUGGCGAGCUCUUCUUGCGAGGCAUGGCCUUUAUGGCCCGGGUAAUGCGAUGGGUGUUCCAGAGCUGACAGAGCUGGUGACAGAUGCGUUGCGCUUUCUGCGAGAUCGACAUGCACCGGAGGCAUUUUUGCGAAAUCUUCGCACUGUGCAUUCUGGAUCGAAACGUCUGAAGGAGCUCUACGGUAGUUUCGAAUUUCAUGCCCGAGGAAUGAUGGGCAAGAGCUACAGGUGUCGAAGCAGACUCACGCGGGAGGAGCACAUCUGCCGGCAGGUGUGCAAAGACAAAGUUGCAGCUCCGUCUGAUCUGGUUCGCGCCGAGGUUGAGAUGCUGAGAAGCCUCGAGCAUCCGAGUGUACCGCAGGUCAUCGCUAGCUUUGAAGACUUCAACAACAUCUACAUUGUGUCAGACACUUUGCAGGGUAACACCUUGCGAACAUUACAACCUCUGACUGCACAUAUGGGGCGAUGUUUGAUUGCCUCGCUAGCAGUGAUCAGCCUUGGCUUCGUCUGCAUACGGGGACACAGCCUUCCUACCAUUGACUACUUGAACUUGAAUUUGGAGUCCAAGUUCCUCCUGGAAGCAUUCGCGAAAGACGGAAUCCUGCUUGUCCCUGGUGUACCAGGGUAUGCUGCCGCAAGGACAGCAGCCCUGUCAGCGCUGGCACCUUGUCUCAAUAGCGCUCGAGGAAGUGACCAAGUUGUGAGGAGGCUCCUCGCAGAUGGCUCGGAGAGGUCCACGAUUGCCACCAAGACUCACGGACACGCAUUGCAGCCCCUAUCAGUCGGAUGUCCGGACUUCCAGCACAAGGCAGACAUGCUUAGGACCGUGGUGCACAUUGCGCUGGCUGAAGUUCUCCGUGUCUGGGGUCAAGCUGGAAUUUCUGCAGAAGAACGGGUGAUCCUCCGACACGAUGCUGGCCAUGCAUACACGAGUCUCGCAGAGGCCGCUUCAGAUGCCACGCACUUGGAGCAUUUCCAUUUGUAUUCAAGCAAGAAUGCUGAUGAAUCCAAUGCCAGUCUUGGACUUCACACGGAUGCCGGUUUGCUUCUUGCCUUCACCUCACCUUUGUACCAGUCAGAUCAUGCCAGUGGACUGUGGAUCCAGCGUACCUCCUCAACAGAGUCUGUGGAAUUGCCAGCAGAUGCGAUUGCUUUUGUUGUGGGUGAGGCAGCAGGCUGGCUUCCUUGGGCCAGCCGUGCUUUGCCCCACGAACUGCGGCUCUCGCCGCGCAUGUCAGAUCGAGCGUGGUAUGGUAUCAUGACGCGUCUACCGGAAGACGCAGUGAAGACCUCCAACUUUGACCCUGCUUCACAGCAUCAAUUGACAUUCGGCCAAUGGUGGGACGCGGCUGCUAACUCUUUGAUGUCAGAAGGCACGGUGGGCUGCGGUUCUGCACAUGCAGCAGACCCGACCCACAGUUGUCCAGAAGGUGAGGCCUACUGUUGGAUGCAAUGCAUGAUGCUUCCGCCAGCCUGUACGGCCACGACGGCGCAUUGCGUACACCCAGAUGGCACACCCUGGACAAAUCACAGUGAGAUGUGUCCGACCUGUACUCUGACCUGCCCUGCAUUUCAGGGAUGGACCUUUUGCGAUGAGGCUGCUGCUUCCGAUAUGAUAAUGCAAGGAUUUGUCAGCUUCGGCUUGUCCGGCAACAAAAUGAAGCCAUGUGUGGUGCUUUUCUUUUCAAGCUGGGUCCUUAACACUUGGUGGAAGUUUUGGCUUGGAGCUGGGGGUGUGCUGAUGCUAGGGGUCACUGUGGAGUGGGUCUCUACGUUACAUAUCGCGCCAGAACGCAAGUUCGGACAACUGUUGCAGACACUACUCUAUUGUGGAAGGAUGACACUCGCCUACAUGCUAAUGCUGGCGACCAUGACGUUCUGUAUCGAGAUUUUUGCUGCUGCUAUUGCUGGACUGGGGCUUGGACAUGCCUGCUUCGGAAGCUGGAAGAAAGGGCUGAGAUUGAAUGGACCAUCGCUCUGCUGCAGUCACGGGUCUGUAGAUCUCAGGCGCAGACAGUCGCGCGACAUUCGCGUGACUCCCUGCUUACAAGCAGACGACUGCAUAAUCCUGCGUGUGAUGGGGAUGACGUGCGGAAGUUGUGCCCAGACCGUGACUCAUGCACUGGAAGGAGUUACUGGAGUUGUGUCCGCACGUGUGACCUUGGGCCCAGUGGCAGAGCCAAGCAUCGGUACAGGUGUGGGUACAGCAGAGAUCUGGGUGAAUGCAGGAUUUUCUGGGGUCGAUGCUGCGGUGGCUGCCAUUGAGCUGGUUGGGCUCGAGCCAGUGGAGAGCAUCGAGUUAGUCAACAUUCUGCAGCAAUGGCAUCAGAAUGGUCAAGGAUUGAGUGUUGGGUGGCUGGCCGAGAUCGCCCGGCAGUUGUUGGAAGCAUUCAGGCACUGCCAUGAAAUGCGGCCCCGCAGUGUGGUCCACGGUGAUCUUCGCCUCACCAGUCUUUUACUGUCUGCUGUAACGGAUGCUCGGACGGCGCCGCAGCUCGUCUUGGCCGACCUUGGCCUUGCCGGGUUGCCGCUCCCGCCGCCGCCCCUGGACAGGUUGCCUGCGACUCCUUCAGCACAGCAAGCCGCAGCGCCGUCUUCCGGAUCGGAGGAAUGGAUGCAAAGCCCGAGCACGCUGCUGGACGUAUGGUCGUGUGGGUGCUUGCUGUUCAUUCUUCUCUCCGGUCGCCAUCCUUUCAACUGUGAUCUUGGUGGGCGACUGGUGCCGAGUGCCGUUCUGGGAAUCUGGGGCUCUGUUCCCCCGGAACCUGAUUGGCGACUGUUACCUUCUGCCUCCUCCACCUCUCUCUGCGCACAGAUGCUGUCGUGGGAUGUGAAGGCACGCCCCUCGGCAGCCGAGUGCCUACGGCACUCCUGGCUCUCAGCAGAGGAUUCCGACACGAUGGCCCUGCCCAUGGAGGCCCUCGGCAACCUGUUGAAAGCUCAUCACAAGUCCAAGUUGCAAGAGAUCACCGCUGGACUUGCGAUAUCAGAGCAGAUCGCUAGCCCCUUCUCCGCCGUUGGCGCAUCCUUGGCUGUGAAGCAUGCCUUUGCUGAUUUGGCAGGUGAUGCGGCCGCUGGUGCAAAGGAACCAGUGAUGGCCACUGUUGCAGCAUCAGAAGCGAGCAGAGCUCUUGAGAAGCUGGGAAUGUCUGACAAAGGUAUCGAGAAGGUCAUCAAGGCAUUUGCUGAUGAUGCAGGCUGUGUCGACUACCAGCGCCUCAUCUCUCACUGCACUGAGUUGGCGGAGGAUCUCCUUGACCAUGCACUAUGGCGGGUCUUCACCGCAGCCGGUGAAGAUCACCGAGGAAUUCUGGGAGCUGCUGAGCUGGAGAAGGCUUUGGCAGAAAGUGCUGGGGAAGGUGGCGGAGCUGACCGGGCAGGUGGUGGUGAGCCCGAUUCGCAAGGGCCCUUUGGCUUGGAAAUGAAAGCCAGUGACAUCGUGAGGCAAGUGGCAUGCGGCCGGCAGCAGGUGACCUUUGAAGAACUUCGAUCCGCGGUCAUACAACGCCAGUCGUCGACGCAGGCAACCAGUGGGACAGAUUGA